UAAUGACUACACCAUAUCUCAUCAUCUCACAUCCAAGAAAAACAAAUCACAACAUAUAACACUUUCACCAUGGCCUCCUCCUCUAUAGCUUGUGUGCAAUUCUCAGCCAAGAAAUCCCCUGUAAUUCCAUCAAAUUUUCUUGGUACAAAUGUUUCAUCUUGUUCUACCACAACUCAGAAAAACAAAAAACAGAGAUCCUUGAAAGUUGUGGCCGCCAUUGGAGAUGUUUCAUCCGACGGAACCGUUUACUUAAUUGCUGGCGCUGCUGCUGUUGCAUUGCUUGGAACUGCUUUCCCUAUACUCUUUUCCCGCAAAGACCUGUGUCCAGAAUGUGAUGGAGCAGGAUUUGUGAGGAAAGGAGGAGCAGCUUUGAAAGCAAAUGCAGCUAGAAAAGAUCAAGUUCAGAUUGUUUGUGCAAAUUGCAAUGGUCUUGGCAAGCUCAACCAAGUAGACAAGUAAACACCAACACAUCACAUAAUAAUAAUAAUUAUAUGUACUAGUAUUUCCUUUGUACCUCUAGACCUUUUUUUAUUUUU